AUGGGUCACGUGGCGCCGCGGGUUCGACGCGUGUCGACGAACAUGUUGCGCCCAUCGGAGCUCAUCGUCGACGUCGUCGUGCGUCGACGUUCCCCGUCGACUUUCUGGCUGCUGUUGCUCUUUUCACAUCCUUACCAGGUGUUCGGCCCAACAACCAGCCGCCUUGCGAACUCAGGCAGCGGCCAGAUUCAACUAUGGCAGUUUCUUCUCGAACUGCUCAGUGACUCCAACAACGCAAACUGUAUCACGUGGGAAGGGACUAAUGGGGAAUUUAAGCUUACUGACCCGGACGAAGUCGCGAGACGCUGGGGCGAGCGCAAGUCCAAACCAAACAUGAACUACGAUAAACUCAGCAGAGCGUUACGGUAUUAUUACGAUAAGAACAUCAUGACGAAGGUGCACGGGAAGCGCUAUGCGUACAAGUUUGAUUUCCAAGGCUUGGCAGCAGCUACACAACCUGCUGUUGCAGACACGGGUGCCUACAAAUACCAGCCUGAACUUUUCAUGUCUGCUGGUUACGCGGGAUCCACGACGAAAUUGAACUUUGCCGUGGGAUCGCAUCACGGGAUCCCAACUUCAGCGGGGAACGGGAUAAAAUUUGAACCAGCGUUCAACUCUGGUAUUUGCGCAGUGUACGACUAUGCGUCAGGAUCCAUCUUCCCACCACCGUCUUCCUACUGGACUUCAACUGCUGGGGCAAAUCUCUACUCGAAUAUAGCAGCAGCAGGACAUCAUUCCGCUGCUGCAAUGGCUGCGUCUCAUUCAGCAGCAGCAGCCGCAAGUCACGCUAGUUCACUGGGAUCCAGCUACCAUUACCCAUGA